CAUAAGAUUUGGGCCAAAAGUGAAAUUUGAUCAAGAAUAGCCAUAGGCCACGGUGGUUUGGUGCAUCUUUGCGAUCAUCAGUGAUGAAGGGAAAAUUCGGCGGUAAACAGCCGACGGGUACUCCGUCAUUGGCAUGGUCGACGGUGGUCGUCGUCGUUUCACUGCUGGCUGGUGCAUCAGUCGUCCAUAACAUCUUCAAGCCUGAUUUGACAUUACCUCCAAUUGAUGGUUCAAGUGAAGCUAAGAUGCAACAACCUGCUAAAGAAUGAACAUUUUUCUCAAAACUAGAUUCUAUUAUAUUUGGGACCAAUCAAUUUUCUUUUUUUCUUUCUGUUUUCCAUCUGAUGUAGCUGGAUUGUGAUUUCAUCAAAUGCUUUGUGCUUGAAUCUAGAAUCAGAAUUUCAAAAUAAAGUUACUUCUUGAUGCUUGUUGAUCUA